UGUAGAUCGGCUGAAUCGGUACUUUGAUUUUGUCUUGAUGCACCAGAAGAAAUCCGCUAAGAUUCAUGCAACGUUAAUCAGAGGCUAUGACCAAGAUGUGAACUCCAUUCAGCAAAUACAGGAAGACACUGAAACGCUCCAGAGGCACUGCACUACACUGGACUCGUCUUUGUGCGAGGAAACUUCGAGAAAUUCGGAGUGUAAUUCACAUAUCAAAGAACUGCGAGAGAUACUUGCCUCAUGCAAUAACUUGAAUGCGAAAAGUCACCAAGAUGGGCAGAAAGAAAAAAAUGUGGCAUCAACUAGAAUGGAAAACGAAGAAAUAGUAGAAAACCAUCCAUCGCCCAAUAAUAGUAGUUCAGGAAUGGAAGAAAUGAAUUAAUCAACUGGAUAUAAAUAUGAUUGCAUUAGGUUUAGUGCUCAAAAAAGUAGUAAAUCAAAUCAGAU